CAGAAGGUCUAUCUGACAGACUGCCUGUGUGUACAGCGAUGCUGGAGGUAAGGAGACACUCUCCUUUGUUGAAUUUCUAACAUACCUGUAUAAGAACCGAGCGGGGGAGAGAGUGAGACUGGUGGAUUGGCUAUAACAAUCAAAAUUUUCUCUGCGGUGAGUUACACAAUUCUAAAAAGGAAUUACUCUUGUACGUGAAUUCUGAUGUAAAGGAAAAGUUAACCAAUUAAUCAAAGAUUAAAAACAAUCAUUUUAACCAGCACUGCAUGAUAAAGACAGGAAGCUUUGAAUUAUGUGACAAUUAUAUUGUAUAUUACUGUAUAUUAGUGUAUUCAUUUUUUUAUUGUUUUUCUUUCUGACAUCAUGUGUGUAAUAUCUGUAACAGCUGUUAUUUUCAGUGCCUCAUCAGUAAAUCUUGAGUGAUUACAGAGCUUUGGAAAGAAGCAUGGAUUGCGAGACUACGACCCUUCCCUUUUCUAACACAUCCGAGAAUGCAACAGAAUAUUCAUAUUAUGAUUAUGAUGGAGACUUGGUUAUCAUGGGAAAAAAUGAGUCGCAGACAUUCGGGGGAACGUUCUCAGGAGUUCUAUACAGCCUGGUCUUCUGCCUCAGUCUGACGGGGAACACCUUUCUGCUAUGGGCGCUGCUGAGACACGAGGACCUGAGGAAGACCACCAACCUCUUCCUCCUGCAGCUCACCAUCUCUGACCUUCUCCUCACCUCCUCCCUCCCCUUCUGGGCCGUCUACCACCUCCACGAGUGGGUCUUCGGGGCCCUGGCGUGCCACUUUGCAGUCGGCGCCUUCUUUCUGGGAUUUUACAGCUACAUGCUGUUCCUGACGGCCAUGACUGUCGACCGCUACAUCGCGGUGGUGCACGCCCUUUCAGCUAUGCGGGCGCGGACGCUGCGCUGCUUCAAACUGACAAGCGCCAUGCUGUGGGCGAUCAGCGUGGCGGCGAGUGUCCCUGAGGCGUUCUUCUCGCAGACAAGGGUCAGCCACGACGGGACGCUGUGUGAGGCCUCCUCCCGGCCCCUGGCCUGGGAGCUGCUGGGAUACUACCUGCAGAUAUUACUCUUCUUCCUCCUGCCCUUCACAGUCAUCCUCUUCUGCUACGCCAGGAUCUGGGCCACCAUCUCCAGGUGCAGGUCGGGGAAGCGCCACCGGGUGGUCAGGCUGAUAUUCUUCAUCGUGGCGGUCUUCUUCGUGUGCUGGGCUCCCUACAACAUCGUCCUCUUCCUCUCCUCCCUCACUUUGCUGGGCUGGGAUGCCCUUCAGUCGCUUGAAUACGCCUACUACGUCUGCCACUCCCUGGCCUACUGCCACUGCUUCCUGAAUCCCGCCUUCCACAUCUUCGGCGGCGGGAAGUUCUGGAAAUACCUCUCUGGGAGAAGGCUGUCCAUCAGGUCCCCGUGGAGCCAGCCCUCUCAGAGCAGCGGGCACAGAGCCUCAACCUCCCACCACACGUAUGUGUGACCGACCAGGACCGCAGAUUCUCUUGCAGUGCCUGCUGCAUUUUGCAAUACAAUCCAACUGCUGUAUUGGGCCACUGCUAAUUUGACAA